AUGGGAGGGAAACUGGAGGACUACACACCACCAGUACGGUAUGAUGGUUUGAGGAGUAGGCCCACAACGAGAUCAUCAGCGAUCCAUCUCCAGUCAUCUGCGAUUGAAAUCAGAAGCACGCUGAGGGCCGAGGCAUCUCCGUUCCGCAACCAUGUAAACCUGAAACCAACCAUCACACCAGUCCAGCAUGAGAAGAGUUCGCCAAGCCAAGCCGCACAAAGUCGGCUACGGUAUGAUAGCAUGAAUGUGUUGAACGCUUGGUUCGUAUGAUAGGGUACUGGUACGGUAGAUAAACAAAGCUUCAACAGGCCGUGCAGAGCUGCUGCCUUAUGGGAGAAUUCCCAAUCAAUGGCUUUGCUGAAGACACGCCGCCAGAGCCAGAGGAUGAUCCGAUAGGAUUGGUUCCGAAGCCAGCAACGAGUGUCUGA